GAAGCUGCAUGGCCAGCAAACAUGAUAUUUGUUGUGGAUCAAGUGCUAGGUUUUCCCAACAGAAAGCUGACCAAACACAACAAACCCUUUUCUGUAAGCCAAUUUCUCUCUGCUGUGACAGUGUGAGUGAAGUCAUUUGAUCCAGAUGCAGGACACUGGCCAUUUCAUUUAUUAGGGACAGCAGGAUGACUGUGAGUUUAAAUGGCCCCUAUUGUUCUGUUCUGUUCCCCACUGAACAACCCACCCACACACACACACAUACACACACACACACAGAUCCACUCACAAUUGAUGCAACUACAUGCGUGGAGCAUUUUCCCGGACCGUGGAAUGCACAGAGAUGGACACAGAAAGUUUAAGUGAAAGAGUUAUUCCUCUUCCUAGUCGUCAUUCCUGGUUGUAACACUCCGACAGAUAUAUUCAUCAUCAGCCAAUCAAUGUUCAGCAAACAGGUACUGUGACAGAUACCACACCUAUGACAGGCACCAGCACGUGGAAGAAGAAACGAGGAGGUGGAGAAUAGGUACAAGUAGUUUGUGCUGGUGCGAGGAAGACUGUCGCCAAUUACCAGGAGAGAGAAAAAAAAAAAGACGGGGACUGGUUCAAGAAUUUGAAUGCAAUUCAUGUGGAUUCUUUUGGAAAGGGCACUGAGAGUUUAGAUCAGCAACAUAACAAGGACUCACUGUCUGAGAAGAGGAGAGACGCAGAAUAACGAGUGUGGAGGAUGGACACAUGGCUGAGUGAAUUCCAGAAGCAUCCGUCCCUGUAUGUCUUGUGCUGUUCUGUAGUCUUCAGGGUCCUCCACAGGUUCCUGCAGACUGUGCCCAGUCCCGGGACGGUGGAAACAGACCCCUGGAGGACGUGGAAAUGGAGGAACCUCUCAGUGUCACUCGUCCACUCGCUGCUGACGGGCAUCUGGGCCGUCGCCUGCGUCUUGCAGCAUCCUACGAUGGUGCAUGAAAUCCACUCCACCUACACCCCAUCAGCGUACGUGCUGGUCGUCGUCUCAUCUGGGUACUUCAUUCAGGAUGCUGCUGACAUUAUCUUUAGUGGGUAUGCAAAAGCAUCUUGGGAGUUUUUACUUCACCACGUUAUGGUGAUCUGGUGUUUCCUGUACGCUGUGUUCACACAUCAGUACGUGGCGGGUGCAGUGGUGGCUCUGUUCGUGGAGGUGAACAGUGUAUUCCUACACACUCGUUUGUUGCUGAAACUGGCUAAGGUGGCCCAGAACUCUUUCAUCUACACCGUCAACAAACUGUUCAAUGUGGUGACCUACGUGACUUUCCGGCUCGGAGCGCAGUUCUACCUCACCUGGUACCUCAUACGCCACUACUCUUCGUUGGAUCAUGCCCUCUACUUCCUGAUUACCAUGAUGCUCAUGAACAUCAUGAUUCUCAUCUAUUUUUACCGACUCCUCCGAGCUGACUUCUUCAGCAAGGGCCGUCCUCACAAUAGCGGCCGUAAAUUUGCAGAGGACUAGACCAAAAGACUCCUAAACCAAAGACUGCAUUCAAAUGACCGUUAACACAUUCAUCCAUAGCAAGCCUGUACUGAAAGAGCAAACCUCCGCGUGAAUCAGAGGCAAUUACAAUUUUUCACUUUUCAGAAUAAAAUGUCAACUUGAGCAAAAAAAAAACACUAAACUUGUUUAAGGAUGUUAGCACAGGUGGACUUUAAAUGGCAAAAAUGAUUUUCAAGAAAGUUUACCCCAAAAUUUAAAUGCGCUGAUGAUUUACUCACCUUCUGGUUAUCCAAGAUGUAGAUGAGUUUGUUUUUUCACUUUUCAUCAACAGAUAUGGAGAAAUUUAGCAUUUACUUUCUUUCAUGGAUCCUCUGCAGUGAAUGGGUGCCGUCAAAAUGAGCUCAAAGCAGAUAAAAACAUAAAAUCUGUUUUAUACUAACUCUUAUCUUGGAUGUCCUAAGGGCAAGUAGCUUUUAGAUCAUUCCAUUUUUUCUGCCAACUGUUCUUUUAAAUAUUCUAUUAAAUUUUUUUUUUUUAGAAAAAAAACUACAUUUUAAUAUGUAACUUCAGGUAAACGCACAUUGAUUUAAUAAAGUCCAAAGCAGGGGUGACGUUGAACCUA